AUACGUAGUGUACAUGUCUGUGGUCUGUACUGGGCCGUGAGACACAAGGGUUACAAAUUUCUCACAGUGGACACCCGGUUUUGUUUAAGCUCACAUUACUGGACGGUGCUCAGCCUGUCAUUCCGCCGAAUCUCUAUUCGUUUACGAACAUUGUAGCCUGGGGUCCCCAGUGGAAAUAUUUCUGUGCUUGAUCACCUGACGUGGAUUUCCUGACUUAAUUUAUGCACAGUGGCAACUUGGAUCGGAUUACACUGUCAGUAACGAGGUCAGUGUCCAGCUAAAUUGUCAUUACGAUUCAUGAAUGUGCGAUCAUUAGGGAACGUUUCAACUCCCUAGGGAUUAAAGUCUUUUAGGUUUGUAAAUUUGAUCAAUAUGUCAGCAUCAGAAGAUAUACCUUGUCAUCACAAGAAGGCAGAGGUUUGUUUUACAAGACCUGAAUACAGAGCACCUAACAAACCGAAUGCUGUAAAGGUGUAUACUGUAAGUCAGGAAUCCCUAUAUCUCAUUAUACAGCAUGUACCAGCUAUAAAUCUUGGACCAGAGCUAGCCAAACUGCUAAACAACUCAGGCACUCUUAUCAAAUUUGAAAAAAUCAAUGACUAUCCUUGUGAGGAAUUUACAGAAGCUUAUUUAUGUAAGUAUACUACUCUUGCAUCGGCUCGGUAUAUCAAAAAGAAGUAUGAUGACCAUAGUUUCUAUGGAUCACAGCUCCAUCUGACUUAUGCUCCAGAACAAGAGAGUGCUGAUGAAACUUGUCAGAAAUUGGAUGCAUAUCGCAAGAGCUUUUGCAAGGUUUUGAACAGUUUGUCAUCACAACAAAAUACAUCCGCGCUCAGAAAUUCCUUCAAACGAAAUAGUGCUGAUUAUAAAGCCUUGCACUCAGACUCAAUCCGUUUUCAGAAUAAUGAAUUACGAUACAAAGACUUGUCUGUAGGCACCCGUCAUCCCUCAUAUUCUUUCCUUCAGUCAAGUAUUUCAGAAACAGCAACAAACUCCUGUGAAUUGCAUAUUCCACGCAUUUCAUUGCCAACAAACUGUAAUAGCACAACAUCAAAUCCUCCAACACAACAGUUGUUCUGUAAAACCUCUGAUUUUAGGCCUGUACCCAGACAGGUUAAGAUAAGACAGAGUGGAGCAGAGAGACAUGUUGGAAAGCAAAAAAGGGGUGGUAAUGAAACUGUGAAACACAUUGGGGUACCAUCCUCAAAGAAUCUUCUGAUAAGCAGCGAACUCCUCAAUAGAACUGGAGAAUCAAAUUCCGCAAAAGAUAAUUCAAACAGAGCACAUAAUAGUUGCACUGCUGAGCAGUCAAAAGAGGUUAAAAUAAAGAAACGAAGGAGAAUAUAAUCUGCUCUUGGAAUUUUAGAAGUAAAGGUGUUGCAUUACUUGUUCAAUUCAAAGAUUUUUAUUUAGCUAAUUUGUUUUUCAGUUUAAUGAACACCAGCUGUCUUUUAUUAUAAAAUAUAUAUUUAUUUCACA